CGUGCUGUAGUCACAUCUUUACAUAUAUUUGACCGAAACGUGUGAGGAAUCGUUGUCGAAAUUCCCUCGGAUAGUGCGGCCGUCACGUGGCUCUGUAGGUGGUCUGGUGGUCUGGAGAGGAGGAGCAGUUUGCUGUGCCACUCCUCUGGCCCUGCAUGGCUGCGAUGGCGCCCGCUCUAACCGACGCCCCAGCCGAAGCACGCCACAUCCGCCUCAAGCUGGCCGCCUCAUCCAACUUGUCACCUGCCAGCACCGAGAACAACAGCGGUGGCGCCAGCAUCCUCCUUCCCUCCUCUGUGUCUGCAUCAGCUGCUGACAUUAAGCUCCGCCCCCCUACCAGCCCUGCCUCCAGGCCUCUGCGCUUGAGCAAGUUGCAGCCACUGGUGGCCUCCUUCCUGUGUUCCGAUGUGGCGCCCAUGGCCAAGGAGGUGAAGGGCAUCCUCAUGAAGCAGCCGGUGCCAAAGGGCUGUGGCCCACUGAACGGCUCGCUGCUACAUGCUACGAGGGGUGAGGCCAGGGGCAGGGCGGGGGAACUCCUAGUUCACACAGCAUUGAGCGGGGGUCAGCUGAAAGGCCUGGUCAACGGUGCAGGAAUGGGAGCAGGGGCAGGCAGCAGUGCUAUGGUUCCCGUUAAUGGCCUGGCCAGGAAGGCUGCCGUGCCUAGCACGGCUCUGCCCGAGAAGGGCAGUGUGGCUACGGUGAACGGGGACAGCUCAAAGCCGCCAGCCAGCGGUGAGGCCCUGCUACCCCUGUCUUCGAAGUCUGGAGAUGCUUCCUCCCCAAGGGGAGAUGCCUGGCGCCUGAGGGAGUUGGUAGACCAUAACAGAGAUCCAGAAAAUAUAGGUCUCACUAAAAGCCCAGGGGUCAAGGCUGAAAUAGAGUGUGCGUCCUCUAGUGCCAGGAUGAUGGGCAGCGACUCCAACCCACCCAGUGUGCCCCAGAGCUUGGCCUCCUGCAGCACCCCCUCUGCAGACCCUCGCUGCCCCUCUUCCUCUUCGCCGAGCCUGGAGGCUCUCCUUCGUGAACGGGCCCAGCGGAGCCACCGCAGGCAGGCAGACCUGUCUGGGAGCCUGCGGCGUCUGUGCAAGCGGCUGCGAGUGGUUCAAGCCAAGCAGGUGGAGCGCCACAUCAGGCAGCAGCUCUCCGGCUUCGUGGACCACGCACUGGCCCACAGCUCCGUCCCUGGGCGGGGCUCGCGGGGCUUGGCAGACUUGCAGGUGGUACCCCUGGGUCACUUCCUGAAGGAAGGCUAUGUCUCCACCGAACUCGAGAAGCUCCAUCUGAGUGGUGUUGCCUGCUUGCGGGCGGCGGAGGCACAGUUCGAUUCAGAUGCCACAGAGAGCAGCUCAGGAGGGGAGAGCGACUUGGAAGAGGAGGAGCUCGCCAGGGUGGACACGAAGCAGCACCAUGUCAGACUCUGGAGAAGAGCAGAAGGCCGCUUUGCUCUGGAGAGAGCCUCGAUCAUCAGUCGCUGGACAUGGCUGCAGGCGCACAUAUCAGACCUGGAAUACCGCAUCCGCCAGCAGGCGGACAUCUACCGACACAUCCGUAUCAGCAAGGGUCCCGUGGAGCUGGAAGAUCCUGCCCCCUCUGCACUGCCUGUGGCUGAAAAGGCGGAGCCUCUGACUCCUCUCAUUUUCCAGAGUGGCACAAAGGCUCAGAUUGAAAGUGCCAUGAAGGACUUCAUUCCGAGCAGUGCGGCUGAGCUACCUGACGCUAAGACCUCUGUAGCCCUCGAUGGCGGCUGUUCUGCUGCACGUGUUCGGGCCCUGAUCAGAUGCAGACGUCGCCGCCUCGUCCAGCCCAGCAUGCUCCAGAACCUGGAUGGCAAGGUACAGUGUGAAGUGAACAUCUCUUGCAUGAUGUGUGGGAGCAAUCUCAUCCUUCCCAAAGCUGAACUACUGUUUGAACACCCUCUGCUGGAGAAAGCAUAUCUGCAGGACCCCAGCAUCCACCCAACACUGUCCCUGCCAUCAGACAUGCCACUCGGUGUGCAUCUGCAGAGGGCACUAAAGUCUCAUGGGCAGACUCGGCCCUUGGAGAAACUCAAGCCACUGAAAAAGCUCUUACUCAAACCCAAGUUCCCCUUACCUUUUUCCCCCUCCUCCUCAUCCACACUAUCCAAACAGAAGCUCAGACUGUCCAGCUCACACAUGGCUGCAGUCAGGUUGGCCCGCCACAAGGCCAGAUCGGACAGGUCGCGACGGCAGCAUGCUGAGGCCUGCCCACGUGUACCCAAGCUCAAUGCGCAUUCCAUGCUCAUGCCGUGUGGGACGGAACGGCCUCUGGACAGGACUAGCAGCCGGAAGAGGGCCAGAGAGGCCUUGCUGGAUGAGCCUGACUCUCCAAAGCUUCUGACCGAGGCGGGAAAUCCAUGUGGGUUUCAGCCCUCUGUCCAGCCUUCCACUCCUAGUUCCCUGAUCCGGACGCUGUCCCUGCCCGGAGACAGCACCACACCUAUGGCCGCUGGAAACCAGGCCAGCCCCUGCUCCAUGCCCGUUAGGAAGAAGAGAAACGAAAACUCAUUUGACAUUAAUAAUAUAGUCAUUCCCAUGUCUGUGGCGGCCACUACCAGGGUGGAGAAGCUCCAGUAUAAGGAGAUCAUCACACCAAGUUGGAGGGAGGUGGAUGUGUUUGCCAGGCCUCUCACUCAUGACGACGAGUACAUCAAGGUGGAGGACUUGUCCGAUGCAGCUUUUGCACAGCUGCAUCAGAGAUGUGAGGAGCAGGAGCGUCUUCGUUGGAGAUGGACGGCCCUCGCUCCGGCCAAGAGGAGAGGCAGCAGGUCUUACAAAUCCGUAGAUGGGAGGACGACCCCGUCCCUAGGCGGGACAAACCCGCCGUCGCCAGACAUGGGCCUGGCCCACACGCUACAGGACUACGGACCAAUUCUGUCGCCCCUCAGCCCGCCCAGCCCUGACACGCCAUGCUCACGUGAUGCCCACAUGCCCUCCUCCCGGGACUCACAGGCUCCACCCCCAAGAGACAUGCCCCAGCCGGCGGGUAGCGACGACACCCGUUGCUCCAGCCCAGAUGGCACCUAUGAGGAGAUGGUGCUGCCGUGGGAGCGAAGGAGCUUUCCUCUUUCAGAGGACCCAACGCUGGAGUCCAACACUGAGCUGAUUCACCGCCACAUGUUCCCCUCUGGCCUGCAGAGCAGCCACUGUGGAAUGGGGUCAGAAAGGGAAGCUUCCUCACCAUGACGAUGGUAUCCAGCAUGAAGCCCCGCCCACAUUCCAGGGAACAUAAAACCACACCCCUUCUGGCAUUAACCACCAAAAAAAGAACUUGUACUAAUACAAACCAAGAAAUAUUAAAGGACUUGUUGUUUGAUAUUCAAACAUCAGCCAAAUAUUUUCACAGUUUUUAGUGAAUAUUAAGGAAUGUAGAAGUCUAAAUCCGUCUCCUGAGACUCUUUUCUCACAGAAAAGAAGUUAAACACGGAAAAUAUCCUUAAAUAUUCUGAUAGUCAGUUAAACUAUGCUCUUGGUGUGGUAUUCUAACCUGUCAGGUAAAUACUUUGUAGCGCACUAUGUAGCAGACUUCUUGAAGGGGGCUUGGCCAAAGUAUAUUUCCCUGCUGACUAGUUUGUGUAUGCUUGUAUUGUGGAAUAACAACAACUGAAACCAGAUGAAAUAAUAGGUUUUCAUCAUUCAUUUCAAAUAAUGGACACAUCACAUCUUUGUUAUCCAAGAAAGCGUCUUUAACUAGAGGUAAAGCACUUAAUAGAAUGUCAGUAUGUAUUCACACAGAACUUUCAUCCCACCCACACAUUUUCAGUGUUUUUCACACUUAUGCUCAGACUUGUUCUCUAACAAUCCUCAGCUUAUGUCUGACAUAAUUGUAAGCCACCUUCCUCUGCCAUUGGGAGACAUUAGAAGUACAUCAUGUAGAGCAUUUGCAGCUAGGCUUUGGUAAUAAACUACACUGAAAGUGACCUGCUGACUUCAGUCCUGCAUGCACAUGAAUAAUUCCACAGUAUUUUCACAUCGCUUGCACAUCUUAAUUUAUGCAGAAGAGUUGCUAUCUUGUCAUGCCCUUUUACACUCAGGUUCUACAGUUUAACGUGCUCUGGUCUCUGGACCAUUGGAUAAAGCUUCUAUUAUUUCUGGUUCACUAUUCCUGUAUUAAAGGCAGUAAUUCUGACACCUGUAAAUUCUCACCCUACUGAACACCCUUCCCUAGAGUAACCACUGGCUAUGCAAAUUAACAUGGUUGUCAUUUCAUGUCCAUUAUUUCUUUGUUAUUCAAUUACAGUGCGUUUUAAUGUCUUUUUCGAUAGAUUUCACAGCAAGUUUAAUUGUUACAAAAGUUAAAUCAUUUGCAGGAAAAAAAGACUUGUGAAUAGUACCAUUAAAACAAGUCAAACAUUAAA